AUGUCUUACGUGGAACUAAUGAAAAGAGGUGGUAACGAGGCCAUCCAAAUUAAUGCGCCAACUGGUGUCGACUUCCAUCUAACUGCUCGUGGUUCGGAUUGGUUGUUCUCAGCCUUCUGUUUCUUCCUAGUCCUUGGGUUGAUAACCAUCGGUUUGAUGUUCCGUAAGCCUGCCCAGGAGAGAAUUUUCUACAUGACUGCUGUCGCACCUCUAUUGUUUAUGGCCUUCACUUACUUCACCGUUGCUUCUGACUUGGGUUGGACUGGUAUCAGAGCUAAGUACAACCACGAGAAAGUAAGCACUCAAACCGAGUUCCCAGGUAUCAGACAAAUUUUCUACGCCAGAUACGUCGGUUGGUUCUUGGCUAUGCCAUGGAACAUCAUUGCCGUUGGUUUGAUGACCGGUACCCCAUGGAUCCAAACCGCCUUUAACAUUGGUAUGACUGAAGGUUAUGUCGUCUUGAUGUUGAUCGGUUCUCUAGUCCACUCCACUUACAAGUGGGGUUACUUCUCACUUGCCAUUGCCUGUUCUGUCUGCUGUUGCACCAGUCUAAUGACCACUUCUCGUAACUUGGCUAUCAAGAUGGGUAAGGAUGUCUUUUCUAUUUUCGACUCUAUCAUGGGUGUGAUAAUGUUCCUAUGGUGGAUCUACCCUAUCUGUUUCGGUAUCUCUGAAGGUGGUAACGUCAUUGCUCCAAACUCCGAAGCUGUCUUUUACGGUGUUCUAGACUGUCUGCUUUUGGGUUUCUUGCCAUGUAUUAUCACUUUCCUAGCUUCCACCAUUGGUUUGGAAAGAAUUGGUCUAAUUGGUAACAGCAACAACUUCAGCGUUAUGCCAAACGAAAAGUCCAUGAACUCCAUUGCUACUGCCAGACACUCUGGUGAAACAGCCGUCUCACCAAAGAGCGGCAACACCCCAGCUUCCCCAACUCCUUAA